GGUAGCACCGCGAAUGCUUUUUCGACCUAUUAUGUGAUAUCAUAUCGGAAAGGUGAUCAUUGAUUGGCUCGCACUUGGUAGCCCAAGAGUGGGCUACACAAGCACCCGGUUUAUAUCGAAGGUGGUGGAACGGGUUGCCUGGCAAUCGAAUAAAAGGGGGGAAGGAGGAGCGAUUUCGCGCGUUGACCGGAUUCCGAGUUGUUUCUGAUAGAAUCGAGAGCUAAGGUGCGUCUUUUAAUCCUCUUGCUUAAAUAGCAUUUGAAAAUAAAGACAAUACCUGAUCGUCCCGAUACGACGAGAUGUCCGUAAUGGGUAAGCCGGUACUCUAUUCCUAUUGGAGGAGCUCCUGUUCUUGGAGAGUGAGAAUUGCAUUAAAUUUAAAGGAAAUACCUUAUGACAUUAAACCUGUGAGCCUAGUGAAAGGUGGGGGAGAACAACAUUGUAAUGAGUUCCGUGAAAUAAAUCCAAUGGAACAAGUGCCUGCACUUCAUAUCGACAAUCAUACAUUAAUAGAAUCUCUAAAUAUAUUACAAUAUUUGGAAGAAACUAGACCACAUCGUCCACUGAUGCCAGCUGAUCCAGUCAAAAGAGCUAGAGUUAGAGAGAUUUGCGAAGUUAUAGCUAGUGGUAUUCAACCUUUACAGAAUUUAGUUGUCUUGAUAUAUGUCGGUGAAGAACGUAAAAAGGAGUGGGCGCAACAUUGGAUAACGAGAGGUUUUACAGCGGUAGAAAAAUUGUUGUCUUCCAGUGCAGGAAAAUAUUGUGUAGGAGAUGAAAUAACAUUAGCAGAUUGUUGUUUGGUGCCACAAAUUUUCAAUGCCAGAAGGUUUCAUGUUGAUUUAAGACCAUUUCCAACUAUUUUAAGGGUAGAUAGACAUUUAGAAGGGCAUCCAGCUUUCACCGCUGCUCACCCUAAUAACCAGCCUGACUGUCCACCUGAGGCGACCAAGUAGCAAGCAAGGCAGACCACCCUUUUCCUCUUCUAAUUCACUGGAAGUAUGGAAAGAGGUGGUCCAAUUUUGUGUGGUUUGAUAGUGGCAAAAGGUGUUAAAAGUACCCAUGAGCCUUAUUUUGUAUCAAAUUUACUAAGAAAUGACGUUAUCAAGUAACUAACACUACUCUUUAUAUUUAUAGAGUAGAUUUAACAUUCAUAUAAAAGAAUGCAUUUUUGCUUAAAUUUUGAAUAAGCACCUUUAAGAGAGCGUAACGUUAAAUUUGCAAACUAUAUCUUUUGCUAAUUUUAUAUGGAAUAAUACAUUAACAGAUCUGUAAUAUAAUGGUACGUUUUCACCUUUUAUCACUUUUAAACUACAAUUAAGUAC